GAUGAAAUUUCUGCUGCAUGUUCUAAUGUGAUUAUGGAAGAAGACGGUGCUAGAUUCUUUUCGAGGAGGAAGUUUGAUGAUAUAUGGAAAGAAACACUACUAAAAAAAGACUCGAAAAUGCUCAAAAAGCUCAGCAUCUUUGUAUGUAAGGCAGUCGAGGCUGUGAUUAUCGCUACGGCAAAUGACCAAGAUAUGCGAACCGUGAUUCAGGAUUGUGAUGAUUCUCAUCUUAAAACUUGGUAUUGUCAGAAUAAAGAUUAUGAAAUGCAAAUAAGAAAUACAAAUAAUGAUGAUUCUUUUGUUAUAGAUGAAUAUGAGGUAUUUCAAAUUUGUAAAUUAUAA